AUGCCAGCAUCCAUCACUACAGACAGGGGACGUCAAUUCGAGUCAGCACUGUUCACAUCCCUCACCAAACUUCUUGGCAGUACUCGCAUUCGAACCACCUCUUAUAACCCACAGUCAAACGGUGUGGUAGAACGCUUUCACUGUCAGCUCAAGGCAUCUCUGAAGUCUCAUCUCGACCCAUCUCGAUGGACUGAGUACCUACCCAUCACACUGCUGGGCAUUCGUGCUACGGUCAAGUCUGACAUCGCUUGCUCUCCUGCUGAACUGGUUUACGGCACUUCAAUGCGUCUUCCGGGCCAGUUUGUUGACCCUGCCAAAGAUACCACUCUGCUUGAUUGCAGCUCAUUCGUAGAUCAACUACAACAUCACAUGGCUCAACUUUCACCAGCAAGGACACGCGUCACAGGCACUGCUGUUCACAUCCCGAAAGAUCUGCAGUCGUGUACACAUGUUUAUGUCCGCUGUGAUGCCGUCCGUAAGCCCUUGCAGCCCCCUUACAACCGACCUUUCCUUGUACUCGGCCGCAACGACAAACAUUUCACUGUGUCUAUUUCCAACAAGCGCGAGCAAGUCAGCAUUGAUCGUCUUAAAGUGGCAUACACAGAAGCUAUUACUGAUGAGAGUACAACCACCUCUAACUCCUCCGGCACUCACCAAGCCGUACAGGAUGUUCCUGCACAUGCCAACACUUACUCACCACCACGAGCACCACCUUCAAAACUUCCAGUAACACCUCAACUCCCAGCAUCACCUCAAACACCACCCGUCACCAGGACAACCAAGUCAGGGCGUCAUGUCCGUUGGCCCAAGCGUUAUGUGGAAGUUAAUGACAUUGGCUGA